UGGGGAUACACUGCCAAGGAGGACUCUGGUGCGAGAAGAGUGUGUUUCUUUCUUUCCCUCUCUUCCGCCUGGCUUCCCUCAUGAGCCGCUCGUUCCAGCCCCCGGUCCCGAGGAUGAGGAGGAUCUAUUUGUGAGGAAGACGCAGCAAAGGAGGAGAGAACGAGGAGCAACAGGGUGGUGAAUUAUUCCGAUCAGGAGUGAGCGAGAAGAUCUUUUCUUCUUCUCCAGGCUCGACCAAGGAGUCCUGACUCCCAGGAACAGCAGCCAUGUGAGCAGAGCUGUCCGCGAGCAGAUGAUGCCCACAUCCAGCUAAAACCCAGCAGCUCCCCCCUUCCCUCUUGCUCCUGCACCCUCCCUCCUUCCCACAUGAGGACAAGAAGAUGACUAUCACCAGCCGGCAGUCCUUCAAUGUCCUGACGGUCAUUUUCCUGCUGCUGUCCACUGCAGCUCUCUCGGCUCAUUACCGGGUGUGUGAGCCCUACUCUGACCACAAGGGGCGCUACCACUUUGGCUUUCACUGCCCGCGCCUGUCAGACAAUAAGACCUACAUGUUCUGCUGCCACCACAACAACACAGCCUUCAAAUACUGUUGCAACGAGAGCGAGUUCCAGAUGGUCAUGCAGAUCAACCUCACCACCACCUCAGAUGGAUACGCACACAAUAAUUAUACUGCCCUGGUCGGCGUGUGGAUUUACGGCUUCUUCGUCAUGGUGCUGCUGGCGCUGGACUUCCUCUACUACUCUGCCAUAAACUACGAGCUGUGCCGGGUCUACCUGGAGAAAUGGGGUCUGGGCGGCCGCUGGCUCAAGAAGGCCCGGAGUCAGUGGCACAGGUCAAUGCCGGAGGAGAGUGAAGCCCAGACUCCAGCCCAGUCCAUGGUGCCCAGCCACUACCAGCCCCGACACAGCCUCCGAGAGGAGAGCCACAGCCCGACGCUCCUGCCCUACAACACAUCCACCGCAUGAGUGAUGCUGCGAGUGGAUGAGCUGAAGAGUUGCAGCUUCUUGUUCCCUCACAUGGCACAGAGGAGCUGCCCCCUCAGACGUCACUCUCUGGACCACAUUUGCAAAGACCACUGGUGGGCUAGCCAUACCGAGGUGGUUAGAAGUGACUACUGCACCUUUCUAAUGAGCACAAAUCACCCAAGGACGGACAGAAGCAGGUUGAUAAGGAACUUAAGAACCAAAUUUGAAAGGAAACGUAGAGGAAAGUGCUGCUUGGGCCACAGCAGAGCAGUGACACACACACACUCAGCUGCUUGAAGAUGUUCAGUGAUCCCCUGAAACGUUCGCCGAGGCCUGGAGUACCCACAGAUAAAUCCAAGCUCAACUGGAUAAACUGUACCGUACUCGCAAGCGACGAGGCUUGCCUGUUUUUCGACAAAAGAAAAAGAAGCUCAUCUUUCUAGAUAUAAAAUGUUUAUUACACUGCUGUGUCAGUUUGUGUUCGGUAGCAGUUAGACACAGUCAUGGUUUAUCUAUUCGGUGAUUUAUUUGUGUGAAGUAGUGACAGAAAUAUAUGAGUGGUUGACAUUCAGAACAUGUAACAGCUUAGGUCGAUGCUGAGCAUCUCGCUUAGAGUAGAACGUCUUUUGGUACUCGCUGAAACCAGACACAAAACGUCUCUGCAGCCAUGUUGAAAACAUAUAAUGUUUUGAAAUACGUUAGUCUCCUUCCUGCAAAACAAGUUGGUUCCCUCUAUUGGAACAUGUCUGACAAAGACAUGAUGCCACACAGUUAUGAAAUUUACAUUAGGUUCAUCAAGGUCUCUCUGUGGCUUACAGUGACAGUGAGGAAAAGGAAUCCAGGGUCUGAAUAAGUAAUUUCAACUAAAACAUUUAUAAGGAUCAGGGAAGCCUUCAGCAAAGCAAAGAGUGUUGUGAUAAGUUAAACAUGACCUCAACCCUUGGCUAUGAGUGUAAAAGCCCCUUUGAGAUGAUAAAAUAUAAAGUACGUCUGUGACAGUUGACUCUGUAAAUUCAUCCAAAGACUUGUUUGCCCUUCGUCAUCACAGGAGCUGCCUGAAAAACAGCCCCAUUAGCAAUAUGAUGCAAAUGAUUACACAUUAUGCUCUCUUUCAUAAGAUGCACUCUAUAUCCCACAUUGGUAACAGACAAUUACAAGUGAUUAGCCAUAGUGGAAAAUGUAAAGAACACAUAGAAAAUCUCCUUCACUGUCAGCAAUAAUGUACAGUAGCUUAAGCAAGAGGGUGAAAUGAGCUGCCUGCCAAACGAGCCCUGGGUAUUCAGUGAGGUGUAACGCAGAGGCUUCUGCUGGUUUACGUUCAAGAUGAAGGUUAAAUUGGUGAAACAGACGUAAAGUGUUCCUGGGUAAUGAAAUCGUAUAGAAAAAUCUCUCCUACCGUCUCUGUGUCAGACUCAUGAGAAGAAAAGUGAAAACAAUGUUCACAUCCUUUAAAAAAAAGCUUCUACUUAACGCUGCCAUGGUUUCUUAAUAUAAGCCAAUUAUGUUCUCAGUAAACCAAUCAAUAAUUAGCUUUAAAAACUUCCCGUUAUGAUUUGUGAUCGAUAAAAAAACACAAAUAUUUUUAAAUCCUCCUAAUUUGAAGCCAGCAAAUGAAAAUUAGUUUAAGACAAUUUAUUGAUUAUCUUAAUAUUUUUCUAUUUUCUAAAUUAAUCAGUUAAUCAUUUAAUCUAUAAAAUGUGUGAAAAUAAUGAAACUUCCUAUUAUUAUUCCUGACAUGUGAGUUCAUGUAUUCAUGUAAAGCUUAGAAUCCUGUUGGAACAGACAAACGGAAAAUUACUAAAACAAUGAAUUGAUCAUUAAAAUGUAAUCGUUUGGAGUUGCAACUAAAGAAUUAAAUUAUUGGUUAUUAGUCAGUUGUUUUCACAAUUAUCAAUUGUGCAAGGAAGUGUCAGUAAAUAGUGAGAAAUGCCUGUAGCAAGUUGACCACCUCAAAUGAGUCCUUUGUAAUGUCCAAAAUCAAAAAAAUAUUUAACUAUCAUGUUAGACAAAGAAAAAGAGCGACUUGAACUUAAGGACUGUUUGGAGUGCUGGGUGGUUAUGAAACUCUGUCCAUUCGGUCUAAGCAGAGCAAACAAAACAGCUGUUGAUGCCAGACUGUGUCUGAGUGACGUGUGGACAGCAGGUGGACAGAAGAUGGGCACAGUACAAGAGAGGGGCCCGAUCUCACAUCUGUAGUCCAGCAGCUGCCAAGCCUGUACUUGCACUGAAUUCUCUGGUCCGUGCACAUAUAGUGCAAACGUCCAUGUCUAAAGCAAAUGGGAUAAAACGCUAAUCCUGGCACUGCAGUGGUGGUGGUGGUGGUGGUGGUGGUGGUGGGGGGGGGGGGGCUCCUCUGAGCUGCCUCAAUGGGUCUUGCCUCCAUAUUUAUCUCUCUCUGUUUCAUGCAGUGUAAGUGGACCCUAACAGAACUCCAGUUAAGUGGGAGGGGGGGCUGCUGGGUGUCAUCCUCGGUUAUCCGCAAUAAUAUUAACAUUUGCUGAGUAUUUAAUAGCGAGUUAAUUCCCAUUUCAGUGGCAUCACGGCAUAUCACUUUCAGGGCCACAGCACCCGAAGGUGUCCGAGGGAAAUAAUUGGCCUGGAGAUCAGCAGCGGCUCUAAAUAUCACUGCGCUUUGCUAUAGCUGCCUUCGUAUUCCCGAGUGUGAACAGUCGCGCAAACAGGGAAGAGAAGUUUGAACAGGUGCAGACAUACUAAGGGGUUUUAAUUAGUCCCCGGUGCUGCAUUGAAUGGGAAAAAAUGUAAUACGUAAGAGAUCGUGUCUGGUUUUCAGGACGCUUUGCUAUGUCUUCUGAAGUGUAGUAAGGCAAAGUAGGUCUGUUAUUAUCACCAACGAAGUAAUAAUAAACACAUAGGAGAAAAUAAAACUUCAUUUCCUUUCUGACGAGCGGUAGCAGGGUCGAAAAGGAUUCCCUCCAGAAACAAAGGAGGAAUCUCUCGCUAUAGUUUCUUACAAUGUUACAACUGGGUUUUGUGAUGUUUUCUGUUUUGUUGAAAGCAGUCUUUACUCUGGCCUGAUGUGAUGUAGUACUGUAAAAUGUAUCAGCUCAACCCUCUUCAGCCCCAAAAAAUAAUAAAAAAUAUAUAUAUAAAUAAUUAAAUUGAUGGGGAAAGCGAGCACACAUCUGUUUCAGUCUCUCUCUCUCUCUCUCUCGCUCUCUCUCUCCAGGUUGUCAUGGUAACAGUUGCCUUACAGUUGAAUACACACCUGUACACACAGAAGCUUUGUAGUGGUUGAUACCUCACUUUUUGGGUGUGGUGGUGGGGACAUGCACCACGUUCUGUCUAUGUAUUCACUACUAGAUAGAAUGUACCGUUUUCAGUUAGAUUGUUAUUGCACUUGUUGACUUUGUAUCGUCACAACAGGGAAGAAUAAAGUUUUAUCUUUUCCAGUG